UGUAACCUGCGCGAGAGGCGGAAAGACCAAGAUGGCGCCGAUGGGGUUGAAGGCGGUCGUCGGGGAAAAAAUUUUAACUGGGGUGAUCAAGAAUCUGAAGAAGGAUGGAGAGUGGAAGGUUCUGCUUGUGGAUCACCUAAGUAUGAAGAUCUUGUCUUCCUGUUGUAAAAUGUCUGACAUAAUGGCAGAAGGCAUUACCAUUGUCGAAGAUAUCAACAAGCGGCGGGAGCCAAUUCCCAGUUUGGAAGCCAUCUACUUGAUUACACCAUCAGAAAAGUCUGUUCGAGCCCUCAUUAAUGACUUCAAAGACACUCCAACAUUUAUGUAUAAAGCAGCCCAUGUGUUCUUCAUUGACACCUGUCCAGAGUCGCUGUUUACCGAGCUUGGAAGAUCACGAUGCACAAAAAUAGUAAAAACCCUGAAAGAAAUUCAUGCAUCUUUCCUUCCUCUCGAAUCCCAAGUGUUCUCGCUGGAUUCUCUGGAUUCCUUCCAUCACUUCUUCAGCUCUCACACUGCAAAUGGUAAUAGUACCCUGUUGGAGGAUCUGGCUGAGCAGAUUGCAACAUUAUGUGAAACAUUGAAGGAAUAUCCAGCUGUGAGAUAUAGAAAGGGCCCAGAAAUCAAUGCAACAUUGGCAAAUCUAAUACACGACAAACUGAAUGCAUACAAAGCUGAUAAUCCCAGCAUGGGGGAGGGUCCUGAAAAGUCCCGUUCACAGCUGUUGAUAGUCGACCGGGGCUACGACCCAGUGUCACCAAUCCUGCAUGAACUGACCCUCCAGGCUAUGGCAUACGAUUUGUUACCAAUUGAUCAAGAUAUUUAUUCGUAUGAAACUGCAGGAGUUGCAGAAUCCCGAGUAAAGGAUACUCUGCUGGAUGAGGAUGAUGAACUUUGGCUGCAGCUGCGCCACAUGCACAUUGCUGAUGUCUCCAAGAAAGUAACAGAAUUAUUGAAGACAUUCUGUGAAAGCAAAAGGAUGACAACUGAUAAGGCUAAUCUGCGGGAUCUUUCUCAAAUACUAAAGAAAAUGCCUCAAUAUCAGAAGGAGCUCAGCAAAUACUCUACGCAUUUGCACUUGGUUGAAGACUGUAUGAAGCACUUUAAGGGCUCAGUUGAAAAGAUGUGUAAAGUGGAGCAGGACCUUGCCAUGGGGACUGAUUCAGAGGGAGAGAAGGUCAAAGAUCCAAUGAAGAUAAUUGUGCCAAUCUUACUGGAUACGAACAUUAAAUCCUAUGACAAAAUCAGGAUUAUUCUUCUAUACAUCUUCCUCAAAAACGGGAUCACAGAAGAGAACCUCACCAAACUUAUUCAGCAUGCAAACAUCCAGGAAGACAGCAAUAUCAUCCGAAACUUUCAGAACCUGGGUACGACCAUCAUAGCUGGGAGUGGAUCAUCUUCAAAAUCUAAACCGGAAAGGAAAUUACGAACAGAGUCAACUUACCAACUCUCCAGGUGGACUCCUGUCAUCAAAGAUAUCAUGGAGGAUGCUACGGAAGAAAAGCUUUGCAAAAAGCAGUGGCCAUUUGUGUCCGACCCUGCCCCAAGUGCUGCAACACAGACAGCUGUGAGCGCCCGCUUUGGUCAUUGGCACAAGAACAAGACUCCAACAGAGUACAGAAUUGGACCCCGGCUCAUUGUUUUUGUUAUUGGGGGUGUCUCCAUGUCUGAGAUGCGCUGUGCAUAUGAAGUAACCAAGGCUACAGAUGGCAAAUGGGAGGUGUUGAUUGGUUCUUCUCACAUCCUGACUCCUGAAAAAUUCCUGGACAGCCUGAAGAAUUUAGACAAGCCUCUGGAGACAAAAAGCUGAAGCUACUGUUGAAAGUUCCCAAAUCUGCCGAUAACCUGUAACUUCCCCGACUGUGAUUAAACCCACAGAAAAGUGAAAUAGUGACUCUAAAUCAACUGGUUGUAUGUUAAGCUCGCUGAAUUAGAUGUAAUUAUUUAUUUAUCUUUUAAAUUUAAGUUUACAGUUGUAUUUCUUUUUUUUUAAUUAUCAAGCAAGGGUGCAUCAGUGCUAAUUUACUUGCCACUUAGUGAGUUAAGUCCAAUCCAAUUUUUUUCUUUUUUGAAGAUGCAAGCUCUUAGCGCUCUGACACCUCAAUCCUGCCCAUCUGAUGUAUGUUUAACAAAAAGAGAAUUUCUUUUAAGUUUGUUAAUAUACAGAGGCACACGAUCGUUUUCAGUCCUUUGGUCAGUAUUGAGUCGUCAACCUGGGUGGCACAUGGGAAGCCAUGUAAUUGACCUUAACAUUCAGCUCAUAAAGUGGGGAUUGACUUUUGCUAUUUUCCCUUUCUCGAGCAAAGGUGAGAAUAUUUGGUUUCAAUUGGAGGCAGUACCUCACCCUUUCCUGGACUUUAUGCCUUCAUGUUGUAAAACUGUUGGAGUUGACUCCUUUCAUUCACAUUAAAACCUUAAACUGCAGAAAUAAAGCUCCAGAACAUCCGAAAAGCUCCUUUGGCCAGGACGAGGAGCUGAUUCAUUGGACGUGGCGUGAGUUACAAUAAUUAAAGAGCCAGAGUACAAUUAAACAAUUGAAGAUAGAAAGGUAAAUUACACUGAUGCUACCAACUAACUUUUGAAGUGCUUUGAUUUUGAGCUCAACCAAAGCUGGUAAGCAACAUUUUCUCCUGGAGUUGUUCAUCUCUGUUAGAAAUGAGGUUUUAAAAGCCUUUCUGUUAAUGUAUAAUCAUUUAGCAUACUCCUCAACAUAUGGAAACCCCCCCUGUAUUGUUUUACACUGUACAUUUUAAUGCACUUUGCAUUGUUUUGUAAACUGGAAGCAAGGACCAAAUCAUAAAGGCUUGCAUAUUUGUGGUGUGUUGUAUCUUUUACUUCACCUCUUUGUUGCAGUUGCUCUGCAAUCUGAAUAAGCAGUUAAACGUUUUAAUUAUUUAGAUCUGCGAGGUUGAGCUGGAGAAUGUCCUUCAGAUCCAUUUGAUCUGAUCCUUGCAGGAUACCAAUGCUAAGCCUUUCUGUGGUUUGUUUUCUGUCGGCAAAUGGACCUCUGAUUAACAUUUAUCAAAUUACAUUAAAUAAUGAAAAAGCGAAUUUAGGACACAAUUAUGUUUGAAGAUCAAGUCUCAAUGGGACAGAUGCUGAGUUUGGCCAUGGUAAUCAUAAUCUGAUGUUAAUCUGAGGUCCAAAAACAACCGCAGAUUAUAGGUAACGGUUUUCUUAUCUGUGAAAUUUUCCGUCACGAGUAAUCCUCCUUACUUAACAAGCCUGGUGGUUUACAUGCAUGCGUUGAUGGCAUAUCCAGUGUUGUGAUCUGUCUGACCUAUUCAGAACUUUUAAGAGUGUUGUCAUUCCUCUUCCUCCAACCUCUCUCUCCCCUGCCCCCCACCCACCCACCCAAAAUCUCAGUUAGGUCUCUCUGUCUCUCCAUCCCCUUCCCCCCCCACUCACCAGGCAGGUUCUCUCCCUUACUCCUGCAGUGAGCAAGUCAUCUACUACUACUUUUUACUCGGCUGCUUGAAGUAAAUACAUAAAAAUCAGAGACUUGCUCUGGAACUUUUGUUACCUGCUCUCUCAGGGUAGGCAUGAGUUUCUUCACCUUCUUGUCCCCUCCCCCACUAAUAUUGCCAAAUUUGCGCUGUUGUAUGUGGAAUCAUGGCAUAAACUUUCAUCCUCUGACUGGAUGGCACCAUGUAUUGCAGCAACUGGCACGGCACAGUAUCCCAUCAUUGUAAAAUAUGAGAAGUUGAAUUAGUUUCUAGAUCAUAUAACCUCGGAAUGCUUACCUUUAUAUCCAACGAUGUUUUAAUAACAUUUAUAUUUACAAGUAAACGUUUAUUACCUCAAGACAAAUCAUCAGUGGAGAAAGAAGAGGAAUUUGUGUUGCUAGAACGAAGGCUUGCCUUUAGGGAUUAUGUUAGAGUUAAUUUGUUUGUAAACUCACUACACUAUAUUGUGCCUGGAGACUUCAUCUCUCCCCUAUCCUCAAUAGCAUCCAGUUUUUCCCUGAGAUGUUCAGCACUGUUUUAUGUUCUUGAUCAGCCAUAACAGUCCCUGGUAUUGCAUAAUACUGUUUACUUUUUGUCUGGCACAAAGGCAACUCCUGGUUGUGAAAACUGCACUGCUUCACGCUGGAGGAGAUAUUUAAACUAUUGCAGCAAUAAAACUAAUCUGGCAAAAGGUAUUUGCAAGAACUCGGCAUCCCAGGGUUUCCACAGGAGGGUGACAAUGCUCUUUGGUCAAGGCUUCAUCCUCUGAGACCGUCUGUGUAGAUUUGCAUGAGUUCACUUUUUUUAAGCUUUAUUGCACUAAUUAAAUGCAACCUCUGCAUAAGUUCCUGUCACCAGUCUGGUUUUAAAACAUUUUUCAAUGCAGUAGAUGUUUGUAAAUUUUGUUUAGAUGAAAGCCGUAAAUACAUUCAUUAGUUCAUGUUGAAAUCUCUCUUUAAAAAUCUUGCUUUGUCAAUGUUUUGGAUGGAACAUUCUAGUUUUGGAUGAUACUGUGAUACAAUCUUUGUUUAAAGAUUGAUUGACAAUAUCUGUGUGCUUUUUCUUUAAUAUUUGUGUAUCGAUCUAUGCUUUGUAUGUAUUUUGUUAAAAUGCACCUUUCAAACUGCAUAACAUGCCCUUGCCCUAACCCAGCAGCAAUUCUGAAAGGAUGGUGUAUGCACUCUGGGCUCUUAAGUGUGUUCAGAUUCAAGUAAAGGGAAUCUCCUGAAUUGUGGCUUAUUUAAGAAAUGUGUUAUACUUGGGAGUACGCAUGCUUUGGCAGGUCUGUCACAUCUGGGCAAAUACAGGAUGUGUUGUCAGUGGUAUCUGAUUGUCAGUCACCCUCUUCUAGCCAAGAGGAUGCUUUUCCACAUGCGUGCUCCUGGUCUGAAGAGCGAGCUUGAGGCAGCUCGGACAACCUAUCUUGCUCAUAAUACUUGAGCAGCUUCUGUAGUGAGCUUCUAGGUUUAUCGGAACCCCUCUGUACUUCUCCAACAGGUUUCAUACUGGGUGUAUUACAUAUGGUCCCAUGCUCUGUGUAGUGGUAAGACCCUGUUGCAACCCCCUCCUUCCUUCUGCUUUUCCAAGUGGCUAUCUCACACCAUUUGGCUUUAUCGUUGCAUCUGGAAUCCAAUGAGUACCUCUGGCUCUGUGGUCCACCUACCACUUUAUAUUAGAGAGGGGGAUGUGUGUCUGCAUAUGUCACUGCGACCUUAAUAUCAGCCAGGAUUUCUGUAUGUAAACCAGACCUACCUUCGCUAUUAGGUCUGAGCCCUUAUGAAGUGGCCGGCGGCAGACAUUUAAGCAUAUGCUUACUGUCUUGCUGCAGACCCCUUCACCACAGACCUUUGACUGGGUGGAGGGGAGUGCUAAUUAACUUAAUUCUCUGACCUGUUUGAAUCUUUUGUUUCCAACAUGUAAUCUGCCUUUUGAUCAUUUCAGUGAGUUUAAUUUCAUUGUCUUCAUGAUUUAACUAGAUGGCAAAAGUUGAUGUAAAUAUUUCAUCUUUUAAUAGUUGUAGUCAGUGUAUCUUUUGUAUGUAUAUGCAUUGAAUAAUUAAAGUCCUAGAAACUCUCA